AUGAUCCACUCACUGGCUGAUGGGAGUCUCGAUGCAGGCUGUAAUGGAGAGCUUCCAAAGGCCGGUACGGAGGAGGCGCCUUUGGAGCUCUUCGUGGCCAAUGCUGGCACCGCAGCCCGCUUCCUCUCAGCCAUGGUUUGCUUGGGGAAGGGCGUGUAUCGCAUCUCGGGCGUGCCCCGCAUGCACGAGCGCCCACAAAAGGAGCUGAUCGAAGCGCUUCGAAAGCUGGGAUACCGCGUGGACACUCCAAACAACAAGCUGCCAGCCGUGUUCUUCGGGAAGGGUCCCAUCUCUGGCUCUGUGACGGUGAGUGUCGAGGAGAGUUCCCAAUUCGCCAGCGCCUUGCUGCUCUCCAGCCGCGCGGGCCAGUGGGAUGUUUCCAUCCCUGCUGGUGCCAAUCCCGAUGAGCUGCCUUAUGUGGAGAUGACCAGGGAGCUCGUGAAAGCUUUUCCGCACGAUGGAGGAGAAUUCCAAAUCGAGGCUGAUGCCUCAAGUGCCAGCUACUUCCAUGCAGUGAACGCGCUCUUCGGGAAGAUCCAGCCGGUGAACGUUUUGGCGUGUCAGCCUCCCAAGUCCCAGGGCGGCACCGGCUGGCAGAUUGACGCGGAAUUCCCCAGGUUGGCUCCUUUGAACGAGAACAUGUACAGCGCUCGGCAGCAGAUUGGAGAGUGCUGGAAAGGCACUAAAGGGAUGUCGGAGUCUCGUUUAACUUUGCUGUUGUGGGCUGUUCUGAUUCAAUGUGCGCAUUUGAGCAUCAAGAUGGGUCAAGUCGCGCAUCGCUGGCGCAUCCAGCAAAAAGCCACCACCAGUAGUGCUCAGAGAGUACUGAGGGCCACAGUUGCUUCGCGGACAGGUUUUUUCUACUUUGUCUCCCGCUGCCUGCUGGGGCAUGAGAACAUCCACGACCCAUACAUCAUCUCCAGGAAGAGACUUGGUGAGUUCGAGCCAGCUCCAAAACUGGAGGCCAGUGAGGCCAGCCCAGUGUCCCCAGUUGCUUUCUUGACCUUAGCUGAGCUGAGGACUCAUUUGGGCGACUCCAUUAUGACGGCCAUUACCAUCAGUGGCCUGGCGGAUGGUCCAUAUGCCUUCGUCCAGCUGGGGGUGCUUCGAAAGCAGGAGUGUGAACGCGUCAAGGCCUUGCACGAGGAGUUGAAAAAGUGCAACUUCCGCGUCGUCGAGAGUGGUGAUACUCUGGAGGUGCUUCCCAUCCGGAACGAGGCCCAGCCAGGCCACGCACGGAUCGCCACCUACCACGAUCACCGCAUGGCCAUGUGUUUUGCCACGCUGGGCCUGGCGGUGCCCGGCUUGAAGAUCGAGGAUCCCAGCUGCGUGCGGAAGACGGUGCCGUCCUUCUUCCAGAUCCUGGCGGCGCCGCCGCCCAAUGGUUUAGGAGUGGAGAUUUGGGAGUGCGACCCCAAAAGUGGGGAACGCCUUCGCCGUCUCCAAGAUCCUAAAGAUCUUGAGCCGCGGAAGUGA